UGUUCCAUAUUUCGCGCACAUUUUUUUGAUGAACGUUUACACUAACCAUCAAAAGCAUAAUACUAUUUAUAAUGAAGUAGUCAGUCACUCGCACAUCAGCUUCAUUCUUCUGGAGCUUAUAAUCAGUAAUAUACGCUUAAAACAUGUUGACAACGGCUUGGCCGAAGAUUUGAAUCUGCUUCACCGCCUAUUGAAGCAUUACAGACACUGCGAGGAUAUCGCGAUCUGUGCAGUGCAUAAGCUUUACACAGAGCUAUACGUUCUUGUUCUUCAAAAAAUACCUACUGAUGAAGUUCAGCGUACCUUUAUGGACUCACAAAAAAAUAUAUAUAUGUAGACGUUCGAUAGAAAUUUGCUAUCGUAUUAUGGCCUUGAACAAAGGAAUCAAUGAAAGGGACGUUUCUGUAGUUCUGGACGCGAUAUUAGACUACAUUGAAGACUGUAAAAAAAAGAUGACAAAGGAUGGUUUCUUAUCAGCUAUAAAAUUCGAUAUUGAGGAAGAAUAUACAGAUUUCUACCAAUUUCCAGCAGAAAUAACAACGGAUGCAGUCGUAAUGGAUAGAGUAACAGUAAAAUUAAUGGCACAAACGUUGUUUGCCCUUAUGCGUCCUGACGAUAGCUAUGAGUUUUUGGGUACGGAAAACGAUGAAUCCUUGCUCUUAGUCAAAAUACUUGACGUUGUAGAAGACUUUCAAAAGAAAUGUACAGCCUUGGAAUUCAUUGAUAUAGUUUACAACAUUUACUGUAUCAAUGAUGAUGGUAUUGUAGAGCUGCUCAGUAACCUGCUAUUCUUUCAAUACAGUGACCACAGAGAUUUUUUCAAAAGACUCCGUUUAACGUCCGAUGUCGUCUUCUUACGAUUUCUACAAAUUUGCGGAAGCACCCAUGAUAUCAUCAUUGACCUGCUACUUGAUAGUGGGUCCGAUCAGUUUCUACAAUUCUUCCAUCGAUACCUCAUACUCACCACGAAACAUUUUGAAGCAUUUGAAUCAGCUGUCAAAUUUCUUGAUUUCGAUCUGGAUAUUAUAGCAAGAAUAUUUGAAGAUACAGUGCAUGUUUUAGAAGGGGGAGGAUUCCCAUAUAAUACACGGCCAUUGUUAAAGAGCUGUGCCUUGGAUGGUUGACCGGAUAAGGUUAGAGAUCUGGUUUCCAUCGUGCCGUAUGCACUUAUCAAAAUCACUGCAUGCUGGAUCAAAUUCACAACUCUUGAACUGUUUGUGUUUAGAUCUACUACCCGAUUAGUGGUAGAACUAUUCACUCCUUAUUUAUACGAGACGAUCAUUUCACUUAAUCUUAAUGCUUUGCAAUAAACUUUUAAUCAUGUACCACAACG